GUCAACAUGGUGAAGGCGGACGUCCGAAGGGACUACUAUGCGGACCUAGGGCUCCAGCCCAGCGCGGAGACGGAAGAUAUCAAAAAGCAAUUCAGGAAACUUGCCCUCAAGUUCCAUCCUGACAGAAACCCAGGCAAGGAACAGGAGUUCAUCGCCAGGUUCCAGGCUAUUCAGGCAGCCAAUGAAAUUCUCAGUGAUCCCCAGCAGCGGCUCAAGUACGACACCGAUCGAUUACGCGCUGGAUACGGCAAGGUAUAUGGGCCCCCGAAGACAAAUACAACGCGCAGGCCGGCGCCGACUUACGCCAAUACACAACCACCCAAGCCACAACCCCCAAACCAGCCAUAUACUACUCGACCCCAAACAUCUUCCAAGGGACCUUCAGCGGGGGCCAAGCGGUAUGAAGCCCAUGCACGCGCAGGGCCACAACAAUGGAAGCCGCCGCAGGAUGAGGCACAGACCAGAGCUGAUGCCUUCCGGGCCUUCCAUGGUAUGAGAAGCAAUACAUCAGGCUGGCGAGGCUUCGAUCCCGAGACGGGACGUGCAACUGCUUCUUCAGGCUCCUCAGAAAGCGCAUCGAGGCAACAAAAUGCGCCUUUCGGUGCCCAGCGCCCCAAGUCUGCGUAUGAGUUCUUCAAAGACAGUGCGAGAUCUCAAAAACCCGCGAGUCCCAAUUCUCCCAAGAAGAGAAACGGAUUUGCGCCGGGAACUGCUGGGGGCGAUGAACCCAUGGCUCGCAAUACUUCAGCAUAUAACAGCUCCAGAAGCGAGCGGCCGAGCAGCAUGUAUUUCGAUUCUGCGCCUCCGCCGACGGCGAAGAAGCCCACCGCUCCAGAAGCGGCCCCUUCUUUCGCCCAGCGAACUGGUAGUAGCUAUGCCACCGCGGGAGGCGAGAAGACUUUCUUCUCGAGCUCCGGACUUGGACGCUCAUCAACUGUGCGCACACCCUCAGGAUCCUAUCGAACGUCAAACUCGCGCACCAACCCAUCCAGUCCUGAGAACGGCGAAUCCGAAAGCCAUCGCAGCGCCAGUCCCAAGGCCAGACGGAACCGCACCUACUCUCUAUCUUCGACAACUUCCAGCGAACUUAAUGAUGAUGACAAUGACGACAUUCACGAAGUGCGACGACCAAACGCAUUCAAGCCCAAGGCGGUACCCAAGAGCCGACUCAGACCUAAUCAGAAGUUUACCGACUUCUACCGACACGAAAACUCUAGCUCCGGACAUGGUGAGACCCUUCCCAGAUUCUUUGUUCGUCAACGUCAGCUUCCAAACCCCCGAAAAAUUUCACGGCCAAACCGCACCCCUGAUAUCGUGAAUUCGACCGCUGACAGCUAUGUACAUAAAGGGCACAACUCGGACAGUGCGGCAUUUCCCAAGGGCUCGUAUCGGCCGGAACAGGCACAGUCUCUGCGUAAUUUUCCAGGCUUAUACAUCCAAAGAUUCGAUGCACAAAAUACGACAAAGCCACAGUCAACCGCAUUUGAUGGAAACGGCUCCGGCCACAACCUGCAUAAGAAGUUCUCAGCGGAAGAUUGGAGAGAGCAUCUAGAGAACUUCGACUUCCUGGGUGCUAAUUCCACUGAUCCAAAAUCACCUAAUACGCACAAUCGACCGCGUGCAUCAACUCGAACCGACUCCAGGCAAAGCGGAAUGUCGACAGGAUCGCCUAGAUUGAAGUCAUUUAGCCCUGGACCUGGGCAUAAGUCUCAGCCUCCGAUGCCGUCGCAGCAGCAAGUACCUACACCAUUUGCACAGGCGAAAUUCUCUGCGGAUCAGUGGUUUGAGAAGGUGAAAGAUAUCUCUUGGAAUGCUCAGGAGGUCGAUAAGGCGCGGUCCUCUUCCAACACACCGCCGCGAAGCCCGAAGAAGCAGGCAAGAUCUAGCACGAAAGUUCGAAGUACUCCGCAGGGGGCUAGCGUGGCGACGGAAGCCGAUGAAGCUAAAGAGACAAUCAAUGGCACCACGCCUCCGGAACCUAGCCGGUCAGCACCUGUUGAUGUGGAGGCCAUGGACAUUGAUGAGCCUGCCAUGCCGGCAAGUGCCAUACCUGCCAGACCUCCUGCCGGUGAUUCGAGGAGCACGAGCUAUCCGAACCUCGCUACUCAUGCUACUCAAAACCCUUCUCCUGCAACCACGAAGGCUCAGCCAACCUCUCAAACAGAGCGCGCACCUCAUCCUGAGAACCGUACACCGCUCUUCGAUCUAGGAAAUCUCCGCAACACUGCCCCUUUCACCAGCACAAAUAGUGGUGGAAUCGAGAACCUUGAAGACGUGCACACCAACCUCCCCUUCACCUCGAGAGCAAAACAACCAAAGACAGCGAAGCGUGACAUCAAACCCCGCGCCCUGAACCUCCCAAAUCCCCCCAAACGGCCCUGGGCCCCACAACCCACCCCCGCCUUUGCAGGUUCCCAGUAUCUCACGCUAUCCCGCGACAAAUGGAACUGGUACGUCUCAGCAAUGAGCACCUACAUGCACGACUGGAACAAAUUUAACCAACGCAUGCUCCUUCAUUUCAACACACGCCAAGCAGCCAUCGAAACAGGCCUCUCGCCGAAAUGGAUCAGCGCCGUCGGCGACACAGCCCGCCUCCAGAUCGACGGCGCCGAGGAGGACGAGAAGAGCGAGGACCGCGAUGAAUCUGACGAAGGCGACGAUCUUGUUCCUGGUAGUGGAAAGGGCGGGUUCAGUGCCUACCUGCGCGGUAUUGAGGAGGAUGUCCAGGUGCGGAAGCACUGGGAUGUAGCGUGUGAAAUGCACCGCGAGUGUAUCCUGGAUCUUGGAAGGUUGAGGGAAUGGAUUCGGAAUGGGGGAAAGGUUGUAUAG